CUUCUUCCUUGCAGGUUUUGAUUCAGCCGUAAAGGAAGAUGCUUGGGAAAAAAAUGGAGUCAGUUAAGAAGCUAGCCAAGAAAGUAAAGGUGAUUGGUAGCAGACGCCAAUCCUCACACUAUGAGAGCUUGCCCAGCGAGAUCGACGAGUCUUCUACGGCGACAAUUCCGAUCGGAUUCUUGGCGCUUUACGUCGGAGAGGAACGACAGAGGUUUUUGGUGCCAACCAAUUUCCUCUCCCACCCUCUGUUCAAGAUCUUAAUGGAGAAGACCUACAACGAGUUUGGGUUUGCGCAGAGAAAUGGGUUGGUGGUUCCUUGCAGCGUUUCUACUUUCCAAGAGGUAAUUGAUGCAAUUGAGUGCUGCCAUGGACAGUUCGAUCUUGGGAAGUUGGUUGAAGAGUUCUUUUAGAUUCUAAUGUAGGAGAAAUUAAGAAGCAAUUUUGACCACCAGAGAUGUAAGUAAUCAGAUAUUGUAAUCUGUAGCUAUUAGGUUUUUUUGUUUUUUGUAUUCCAAGCAAUGGGAUUUGAAAUAGGUAG